CUCAGACUAUAAGCACAUUUGUAGAUUUUAGAAGGUUCACCAGUUUAUUGCAGUUAAGGAUUCAGUGAUGAAUAUUGCAUUACUUGCAUUUUUUCUGAAUAGGCAGAAAAGGAUUUGAGAUCAGUGAUUGAACUCUUCAAACAUGCCUCAACAAUGUUGAAGAUUCUGACAUUGGGAUCAAUGGAUGAACAGUCAAAUUAUGUCUCCACAUGGCUUCAGAUAAUCUCUGUUUGUGCUCAAGAGUUGAAGCAUGGUUCCUUGAUUUGGAAGCAGUCAUUAGAAAAGGAUGUCAGACUUUGGAUUCUCUCUCAAACUCGGGGGAAAAGGUUCAUUCUUGCCCUCGGGGAGAUUUAUAGAGUGGUGGUGGUUCUGGGAGCCUCAGCGAAACUUUACAAGCCAUGGAUACUAUCUAGUUCUGUGGAUUCUGCGCAACUCAAUGUUCUUUUCGAAGAAUGUCAUGCUCUAUGGUCUAGUUCAGGGCUUAAAGAAGCACUAUUGAGCAUAUCAGAUCCAAUUGGUUCCGAAUAUUUCAGCACUGUUGAGGCAUUGACUCAUUCCAUUGAGUAUGUCUAUAAUCUGGAUGCUCUUGCACUUGCAAACCUUGUUUUCAAGGGGCAAGAAGCCGUUUGUCAACUGUCAGCAUUAACUGCAGGAGUUGUACCAGGCAUGAAAAUGGUGAUCUGGAAUGGAGAGCGCUACUUUCUCACGCUUGCAAAUUUGUGGGCAAAUUUGAUAAGCUGUGAUCCUCCAAAGUUGCCUCUAUUACAUGUUGGCUGAUGUGUGAAGUCAUGAGAGAAAAUAGGAAGGUUUUAACAGGCUCUUGUUUAAGCUGCAAUGCCGCCCAGCUGUUUUUGUAAGGGUUGGGGCCACCAACGAGUCAUCGACCUUUGUUCGUUAGCUGUGAAGAUUACUAAGACGAGAAAAAAUUGCUGACUAACAUUUUGAGAUCCAAAAGGGCCUUGCAGUCAAACCAGAGCUGUGCGCAUGAUCAUCAUUUUUUUGUGUAUUUGUUUUCCAAAUGGCAUUCUUUUUGUAUUAGCUUUAGCAUAGUAUUUGGAUAUAGUGGUGUUGUAUCUCUAUGUUAUUUGUAGUGUUUGAGCUGAAGCUCAAGUGAAGUAAAAUAAAACCCCCAUACACCUAGGUAUAGAAUUGUGAAAACCAAGAACAUGUAUUUAUUGUACCUCAUUCUAAAAAAUUUCUCGCAAGUUGAUGGUUGGAAAUGAAAAUUUGUUUAGGUUGCAAGUG